CUGGACUAAGCCCGCUGUCAACACGCGUGGUUUUGUCGCAAAAAAAAGGAACUGUCGUAAAGAAUCUGCUUAGCGGCAGCUGUACAGACAUACACGUGUAUCCAGAGGUGUCGUGAAGAUAUAUUUUCAAUCAGGAUGGCAAAGAGUUUGCGCAGCAAGUGGAGGAGAAAGAUGAGGGCGGAGAAAAGAAAGAAGGUUGCACCUAAAGAACUGGCUCGACUCAAAACAGUGCUGGGUCAGGGAGAGAAAGGUGAGAUCACCAUGAAAGAUGUAGCCGAGAUCGCCACCGUUGUGCCACCCGAGAAAGUGAAGAAGCCGGGAGAUGUUGACAUGCAGGAAGAAGAUGCGGAUGGUGGAAAGAUGGAUUUAGACACUAAACGCAAUAAAAAGACAAUGUUAGACGAUCAGGGACGGUAUCCGGUCUGGAUGAACCAAAGGCAAGCGAGGAAGGUGAAAGCCAAACGCCAAACGGCUAAGAAAGGAAAGCCUAAGGUGAAGAAAGGACUCGCCUGGUAGAUGAACUGAUCUGCUUGUGCACGGACAUUAUUCCUGUCACAGCCGGACAGGAGCCUUGCUGUGCAUCUUUUUUUAUGUACAUUUCUAUGGACUGUUUGUGCAACCUUGAGCAGAUAGAUACUUUAGAGUGUAUGCAGUUGUGAAAUGUAAUGAUCUGUUGUUAAUGGUUGUGGCUUCUCAUGUAAUUUGAUUUCAACAUUAAUUAACUAAUUAGAAAUGAAUGGUGGGCGAUGGAGUGAGACACGGUCAGCGUAUUAUCUGAUUUUUUUUUUUUUUUUACUCUGUGGGUCUGCUAUACUUUGAAGUAUUAGGUAUUUCCUCUGUUGGCAGAUAAUUAUGGAUGAGCUUUGUUUUUUUUCCACUUAAUAAAUCAAAUAUACCUUUCUGCA